AUGGCUGCUGCUAGAGCAUUGCGUAAAGAGCAGCAUUUUGCAGAAAUUGUGGUGUUUGAAAGAAAUAAUCAUACAGGAGGCACUUGGAAAUACUCUCCCGAAACAAACGCGCCUCCGCCUAUACCUUCUACCAAUGCCCUUGUAGUUGAUACAACACUCAACACAAGAGAACUGUAUUCCCCCAUCUAUGCUAAUCUUCAUACCAACCUACCUCAUUCUGUCAUGUGCUUUCAUGAUGUGCCUUUUCCGAAAGAAACACCGCUUUAUCCAACACACCAACAUGUGAUGGACUAUCUGUCUUCUCUAGCUCAGAAAGAAGACCUGUUAUCCCUUGUACGAUUCUCAACACUCGUCACCCGUGUGGAGUACGAACAUGAUCAAUGGCAAGUAACCAUCAAAGAUCUCAACCAUGGCUCCACCACAACCGAGACAUUUGAUGCGGUUGUUGUGGCAACAGGACAUUAUGCAGUCCCUUUUAUUCCCGACUUGCCUGGUAUUCAAGACACUCAGCUUGAAUUGAUCCAUUCAAGAGAUUAUCGUCACCCCAAUGCAUUUAAAGACAAAGUGGUGCUGGUCAUUGGCGGUGGAUCUUCUGCGAAUGAUAUUGUACGCGAAAUAUCGUCUGUCGCCACCAAAGUCUAUCAGUCCAUUCGAACACAGACAGAACUCUCGCGUCAAGCCAUCGAACUCAACCCACCACACGUACAUCAAGUCGCCCUUGUCAAGCAGUUUUGUUCUGACAGACAGAUUGAACUACAAGACAGCCAGGUCUUAAACGAUGUUGAUAUCGUCAUUUUCGGCACAGGCUAUCUAUACAGUUUCCCAUUUUUGCCUUUUGCUGCUGAUGAAUUGAUCAAGACAGGCCAGAAAGUACAUCAUGUAGACCAUUACAUGUUUUAUCAAAAGAACCCCACAUUGUGCUUUUUGGGAUUGCCUAUUCGUGUAGUACCUUUGCCUUUGAUGCAGCGACAAAGUACGGUGAUGGCCCGAUACUGGAGUGGCAAGAUCCCCAUGAUGCCUCAUAUUGUUUCGAAAGUAUCAGAAGCAGAGGAUGAUCGACUUGAUUUUGUGAUGGGUGUUGCGCGCGAAUUUGAAUAUGACGAUCAACUGGGUGCUUGGGCAGAAGGCUGGAUCGAUGAUCAAGAGGACUGGCAAUCCAAUCAUCCGAUCACAGGUCGAUUGACAGACGAAUGGAAAGACUUGAGAAAAAACGCAUUGGUGCUUCGCAAACAGUAUUUAGGCUACUGA